AAUGCACAAUACUGAUAUGGAGAAAAGUCCAGGAUUUGGAAAGAAGGUGGUUGCACUAUCAGCUUAUGUUAAUUCUUAUAUGCCUAUUAUAAGUGAUAAAACGUCAAAGGAAGUUAGAGCUGAAUACGACGCAGUGAAAACUUUUAAAGGUGCAAGAAGUAUGCACAGAACAACACACAGUUUUGGGUAUGAAAGAGAUCAAGCCAAAUACGAAACGGAAACCUCCUUAUCUCAUGGAGGUAAUCGUUCACAAGAUAUACCACAGAGACCUCAAAUGGCGCCAUGUCAACAUCUUUCCAAUUUCGAACGUUUAGGGACAGACAGCCACAUGGACUUGACAACCAAUUACUCAACUAACUAUAAAUUGAGGCCAUCAAUACAUAGGCAGCAUGAUAAAUUGGCGGCGAAACGCAUGAUGGCAAGCACAAACUUAAAAGAGUCACUUGUUCGACAACCACAGCAAUGUUCCGCUCCAAUUUCUCAAUACGGUCGAGUGCAUCAUAAAUUAGGUCUUGUUUUAGGACCUGGGGUAGAACAUUAUCGACCUGAAGCCAGACGAUACAAUGUUCUCACGGGUGAGGAUAUAGGUCCAACGUGGACAGCGGAUGGGCAUAAAAGAGUAAGUGGCAACAGAAAUUUGUUUAACGGAAGACGACUAUUGGAACAGCAUGGUGCUUCAUCUUUUCCAAGAACUGUCCAGCAUUAUGAAGUAAUCAGAUAA